AUUGAAUACGAACAAACCGCAUAGAAAUUGUGCAUGGAUAGGCGUGUGUGAAUGUGUGUGACACGGACAAAUGUCAGAGGCUGCCGUCAGUUGUUGACUCGUUUGCUGCGCCAGCAUUUCGCCGUCGAAUUCCACAUCACAUUGAUUCGGCCGCGAAUGCUUGCGGUUCCGUCGCACGUAGUUUUUACCACACUCUUUAUGUGAAGUGUAAAUAGGGUUGUGUUACUUUAAACUGCCCCUGCAAUGCAAUCAUGAAUGUGCAGGACGGUAUCAAUGCUGCCUUUUCGGUGCUGCUUUCAUUGUUCAUAGUGAUCGUUUUGGUUUGUUUAGGCUGGUAUCUGGUGUGGAAGCUGUUUCUCUCCCGCUUUAAGCUAGUCCGCGAGCUGCUCGGUAUCGCGCAAUCGAACGAACACUCUCCGGUGCACGGGUCCAGCAAAGAUCAGGCCGCAGGAGUUGGAGCGGUCAGCAGCACUGUAACCGCCGACAGCAAGAUACGCACCCGAAGAGUACGACGUGAUUAG